AUGGUCUCAAGCGUUCGGUCAUCCACAGACUCGGGGGUGACGCGGCGCGCCUCAGCAAUUUCUCAGCGCCGCCCGAGCCCAGUCCCUCACCAAAGAGGACCUCCCGAAGGGCAUGGGCGACAGGAACCCACCCCGCUGCCUGUUGCAGCGCUGACGGCCCUCUGCCUGUCGCGAGCUAGCGAGGCCUUCAUGUUCGCCGUCAUCUUUCCCUACAUCAACGAAAUGAUGCACGACUUCGGGGUGCCUCAGGAAUCAGUCGGCCUCUGGUCAGCAGCAGCGGAAUCUGCCCUCAUGAUUACCGAGGCGGUCACUGCUCCGAUGUACGCGCCUCUGGCCGAUCGAUACGGCAGGCGCGCAGUGUUUGUUCCGCUCGUGGCUCUGUGGGCGGUCUUCGCCCUGGCUUUUGGGUUUGUGAGGAGUGCAUUCUCUGCUGUUCUGCUACGAGCUUGCUUGGGGCUUCUUGCCGGCGUGGGUGUCAUCUCUCGCACCAUUAUCGGCGAGCUGUGCGACAAGAGCAACCGUAUUCAAUGCUUUGCUCUGUUCUCACCCUCGUUCACCAUCGGAGUGACCGUUGCCCCCAUCAUCGGCGGCUUCCUGUCACGACCAGUACCUAGGCUCCUGCCAGAAUCCUUUACUCUCUUCGUUACGUACCCUUAUCUUUUGCCCGCUAUCGCUGCGAGUGCAACAGGAGUGGCAGCAGCAUGGGCCUCCUCCGUUUCUCUCCCCGAGACACUGCCUCCGUCCUUGAGGGAGGCUCGAAGCUCAGUCGCCUCGGCAAGUGAGGGACGGAAGUUGGGAGGACUGGAGACCUUGGUCAAAAACAGGUCUUUCCAGAAUGUGCUCCUUGUGUACGGGCUCGCGAACAUCAUCAUGUUCUCUUGGGAGGCUAUCUACCCGCUGUUCGCGUUUACCGACAAGAACCUGGGCGGUCUCCAGCUUUCCACGCAGACCAUCGGUCUUCUGCUCGCCUUGGGCGCGGCAUUGUCCAUCGUCCUGACCAUCUUCUUGUUCCCCGUCCUGCACCGGGUUGUGCCAGAGAACGCAUACUUGACAUUCUGCCUUGUCCAGUAUCCAAUCGCUGUCCUGCUUUUCCCCGCAGCAUGGGCCGCUAAUAGGGAUUACCCUGUUGCUGGUCGCCUGAGUGGAACGGCAUGGGCGAUUCUUACUGCGGCUAUCACCCGCUCUGUUGGUGUCUUUGUGGUAUCGUCAUUCUUCUCCAUCUCCACAACUGCCAAGUCGCCUUACUCGUUAAAGCGACAGCUGCGGGACCGCGAGCGACCAGUAUACAAUCUCAAAGAGGCAUUAAUGGCGCGAUGCUACAUCGAGGUGCUCGGCCUCGACAAACACAGUGAGGCGGCCCAGAGGCUGAUCAAGUGGAAGCAGCCAGUGGAAGGACAGCGAGAAGGAUUCUCGGGUGACUUUGCGCGGGUCUGCUACCAGGAGAUUCAGGCUCGCUCAGUUGUUGAAGAGGGGAAACUCAGCAUCGACGACGUCAAUGACCUGCUCGAUGAGCUGGCCAAGGGUCGAAUGAAGCAACACGAAUACGUGCCGAUUCUUCGUCGGAUCAAUGAGCAGUGCACACCAACCCAGCAAGAAUGGAUCAUCCGCAUCAUUCUGAAGGAUCUCCGGAUAUCUUUCAAAGAGAAAGGUGUUCUUGGCGCGUUUCACCCAGACGCCAUGGCCCUCUUCAACGUGUGCUCUGACCUCAAGCGCGUGUGCUGGACCCUCUACGAACCGGAGAUCCGACUGGAGAAGAACCAAACGAGCAUCGAAUUGUUCCGGUGCUUCUUGCCUCAACUCUGCCAUCGUUCACCCUCUUCGUCACUAGACGCUUCAGCCAAACUCGUUGGCGCUCCUGCAAAGGAGUUCAUCAUGGAGGAGAAGCUGGAUGGGGAACGAAUUCAGCUCCACAUGCGCGGAAAUGGGGCAGAGUGGUUUUACUGCUCACGCAAAGCGAAAGAUUACACCUACCUCUACGGAGCCCAUGUGGGAGAGGGGAGCCUCACGCAACACAUCUCAGGGGCCUUCCAAGAUGGUGUUAGAAAUAUCAUUCUUGACGGAGAGAUGAUGGUGUGGGACCCCGUUUUGGACAAGUACCUCGCAUUCGGAAGCCUCAAGACGGCUGCUCUUGACGCUGUCGCCGAUGAAACAACGCCUCGGCCAUGCUUCAAAAUCUUUGACAUUCUCUAUCUGAAUGACAAGUGCCUUACCGGUUUCCGGCUUUCUGAACGCAAGCGCCUUCUCAAGUCUGGCAGGGUAUUCAAAGGCCUCGACAACUUCCGCGGUCGUCUGGAGUUUGUGGAUGAGCGGGUGGGGCAGAACGGGAAGGACAUCCGCGCCAUGCUGGAAAGCGUUCUUGAAUCCAAGGGCGAAGGAAUCGUGGUGAAGCGAAUAGAUAGCACCUAUCAAACCAACUCUCGCGGAGCCGACUGGGUCAAGGUGAAGCCUGAGUAUGCGGACCAGAUGGGCGAGAAUCUUGAUCUCAUGGUGCUAGGCGGCUGGUGGGGACAAGGUGGCCGAACAGGCAAGAUAUCCAGCCUUCUUUGCGGGUUGCGCGUUCCACAGGACGACGAAGGAACAGGCGAUACGCCAGCAUUCGUUACGUUUGCCAAGGUUGGCUCUGGAAUGAGUUAUGAGGACUACGACUGGAUCAAGAAUCACCACAAGGAUGACUGGCGCCCAUUUGAACGCAACAACCCACUCCCGUGGCUCACAUUGGGGGCAGUUGGGAUUGACGAUAAGCCUGAUGUCUACAUCAAUCCAGAGAAAUCAUUCGUCAUCGAAGUCAAGGCCUCGGAGAUCACUUUGGCCGCUGGCAAUUAUGGUGCGGGCUACACUCUUAGGUUCCCUCGGUGCCGCUUCAUUCAUUGGGACCGAAGUAGCCGCGAACAUCCGAGCAGCGACGAGCAUCGCGAUCGUGACAUGUGGAACUGCCUCAGCCUCGAUGAAUUCACAGCCCUGCUGAAUGGACCACAGAAGCGCUACGUUGACGACGAGGCAGGCUCGACGAGGAAAAAGCGGAAAACCACCACGAGCCGCAAGGUUGAACUCUUCGAGAGUUUCCGUGGCCAGAAGAUUGUGGACACUGCGGAGAGCCAUAUCUUCAGUGGUAUCACCUUUUAUAUCCCAAAGGAUUCUGCAGAUCACACCAAGCAAGAACUUGAAGCCAUUGUCUGUAAACAUGGGGGCGACUUCACUCAGGCGCAACUGGCAGAUAACUCGGCAAGGGUGAUUUCGAGCGACGAUAAGAGCCCCCGAGUGAAAGCGCAAAUCCGGAAGGGAAACAGCAUCGUGAAGCCUCAGUGGAUCUUCGAGUCCAUCAAACGGAAGAAGCCACUGCCCCUCAUUAAAGAUUUGCUCGUAUUUGCAUCGGAAGUGGACAAGGAUACUCGUUACUACAACAAGAGCUUGGAAGAGCUGGACGAGACAACGUUGAUUCGCGACCGUACAGGGCUGAUCCUGCCAAACGAUCAGCUUUCAGGCAACGCGAACGCACUCGCUUCGGAUGGCUCCCAACUCUCUGAUACGGUAGCAGGAUCAGAGCUUGACCCCGUUUCCAAUCCGACGCCGUCUGCUGCGAACACCGAGCUGGAGCUAGACUGGGGACUCGGUGCCUCUCAGACGACUGCACAGCUUCACGGUGACGGCCACCUUGACUCUGAUAGUGAAGACGAAACCGAGGACGAUAGUGGCAACCAAGAAUCAGCCGACGAAGGUGAUGACGGCGAUGCCUCACCGUCGCCGCCGCGGACCGACUCUGCGACUCUUCCAAGCACAGACAAGGCUCUCUUCCCCCUUCUUGAACCAGGCAAACCGCCACCUGAUUAUCAGCCGAUGGGGGAAACACUCCAGGUAGACACGUAUGACGACGAUCUGAUCUUCUCGCACCUGGUCUUUUAUCUGGACACUGCGGAUAAUGCCGCAGCGAAUGGGUUGACCUCGUCCACGCCGAAUCCUGCCUCCGUCGAGCGACUACUACACGCUGAGCGUCUACUGAAGGAGAAUGGCGGCCGCAUUACUGGCGACGUACUUGACCCCAAACUCACCCACAUUGUCAUGGAUGACGAUGAUUCUGGGCGCUAUGUGGAACUCGUCCGCAAGACUUCUCGUCCCAAGCAUAAGCACAUCGUCCUCCCAUCUUGGGUUACCGAGAGUGUGGAUGAGGAGACACUGAUGAAUGAAGACGGACACAAGCCAAGUUGAGGCCAUCAGGCCAUAUUCUGCAUUGUGCGAUUGACAGGGUUGCAUUGGAUUCUGUGAUGUAUGGGUGCAGGUAUCGGAUAGACAACACGGCGAAUAGUGGCAAAGUCAUGAGGGAGUCGUCACGGCAGAGAUGUGCCGGAAGUUGUAUGAGAUGGUGGGAGUAUACUGUUGCUACAACGAGAUCAGACCUAGGGCCAGCUUAGGGCUAUAUGAACAAGGAGGGGGCAGGCGACACAGUCAUGGAACAAAAGAGGAGCGCGGGGCGGGAAUUGUCCAUUGGCUUCAAGCCACAGUCAUCUUGCGCCGCUUCGCGAUGGGCGAGUCGCCGCAGUCACUCAGCGAGUAGUGAGUUGGGCUUGUUGGUGGGACGUUUGGAGAGCGCGGAGUGCGGGUUGGGGACUCGGCCGCGUUCAUGCGAUCAAGAACACCGCUUAUCUCCCAUAAGGGGGUAGAGAGAUGAGCAGACGCCGAUGGUGGGGGCCGAGCUGGGCUGCCGUACGUGAGAGGCGUCUUGUGAAUCAUGCCUGGGGUGCGCAGACCUCCGAGUCGCGGCGUGCGAUCCGCAGCAGCAGAAGAUCUUGUGACAGGAGUCUUGGGAGGACCGCGGUCGGCGGCAUGUGGCACAAGCGAAUGCACGAUGCUGUCAUCGUCCCGAACCAGAUGGUCUGACUUGAGAACAGAUGGUUUCAAGUCGAAGGCCGCGUCCAGCUUGCCUGGGGAGGUGGGUGUGGUCUGGGCCAAGUCAUCGUGCGUCCACGCUUGCUGAAGGGCGCUGGGGUGGUGGUGCGAGGUUCUGGUGAUCGUCGGCGGCAUUGGUGACGACGUCGGCGACGAAGAAGUCUGGACAAGCGCCGGGGUCUUGAGGGCACUGGAUCCGAACUGUGCCGAACCCGAGAGUUGAGUUGUUCGAGACGUUGCACGGGACGGAGUGAUGAACAUGUCGGCAUCGUCAUGAAGGAACGAGCUUGUGGCGGAUUGUUGCUCGUGGAUGGGCGAGAGGGGCUCUGGACGGGCAAGCCGUACCCGCUUAGGGCCGCUUGUGAAGACAUUCUCGUCAUCAUCAUCCCGAAGGCCCCUCUUGUCGCCGUAGUCGAGCGGGGGUCGCAUAGCAUCUCCACCGAAGCGAGGUGGUGGUGGCAUGUUAGCGUGAGAGAGGGGGCCCAUCUUUGGCUUGGAGAGCUCUCCAAACUGAAGAGGUGGGAGGGGUCGAUCGCCUUCUGAUGUCUCCAUCGGAACGAAGUCGCCAUCGUCCUCAAAGUCGAACGACGAGGGGUGCAGGCUUGGGGGCCGAGGUGGAGACGACGGAGGUGGAGGCGGCAUCAUCCGAGGCUGUGGAGGAAUGGCGUGGUGGUGUGGAGGAGGAGGGGGAAGGGAAACGGCCAUCUGUGGGGGAUGGGAAGGACCAUGGUGUGAGCCGGGGUGGUGGUCGGACAACAUGAAUGGUGGUGGUCUGGAAAGUUCAGGCGUCUUGUGGCCCUCAUCCUUGGCAACCAACUUUGCCCUUCCCUUCUUCCCCUUCUUGGCGACAUAUUCACGUCCUUCUGCCUCUGCCUUCUCCCGCGCGCGUUGCUCCAGCUGCCUCUCGUGACGAGUCUGACGGCAGACUGCGUGGUGGGGAUGAGAGGACGGAAAGUUCUUGAUAAACUUGUCCUCAGAUGGCCAGUGUACCUUCUCGUUCUCGUCGAUGAUCCAGAUGCCACCCUUGCCUGGGGGGUGCUUUUCUGUCCUCGGAAUGGUGACAAAAAUCUUGUGAAUCGAGAGGUUAUGACGAACCGAAUUGCGCCAUUGGUCGACGGAUUUGAAGUACGGGUAGGCUGUUUCCACGUAGCGAUAGAUGUGCUCGAGAGACAGACCCCCAGCGGCAGAUCGUAGAAUGGCUUGUCCGAUGAUGCAAGCAAAGGACUGCGAAGGCCUCUCCAGGGAGCGUACUCCAGGGGGAAUGCCCUCUACACCUGGGUCCUCUGCAACCUUGGCAAACUUGGCGCUCGUUCGGCCAACGGCUGCUGGUAGGGGCUUUGGAGGAGCAGUUGGGCGUUGAGGCCGCGUGGAAAUGGCAGUGACCUUCUUUGGAGGCAUCAUGGACCUGCCCGAGCCCUCACCCUGCGACGAUUCGAACGCAGGGACGCGGUCUCGAACGCGCUUGGUAGGCGAGUCGUUCUCAUCGUCGCUUGUUUCGAUCAUGACGCUAUGCCUGGACGGACGAUCAACCGAGCUGUCCGCCUCCGUGCUGGACGACGCCGAAGAGGACGACAGCAUGGUUGGCUUGUAGGUGUGGGCAUUGGUGGGGGUAGUAUGCGAGUCGUUCGAGUUGGGAGUGGCAAAGGGUUGUGGUUGCGGGGGAGCAGGUCCUAGGGCACGGGCCGGGGAGAUUCCUUGCAACAUGUCUGGGUACGAAGGUUCAUGGAUGUUGAAGUCAUAACUGGGCAUGUGAUGGCCAUUCGUCGGCGCGUCCAUCACAACCCCCGAGCCGCCCAUCGAAGGAGUGGGCACAGCGCCGCCAAACACGUCGCCCCCUAACAUGUGUGGGCUGUCGGAGCGCGUCGUCUGCGCUGAUGACGGGCGCUGCAUAUUGGGGACGAACUGAUGAUAGCUUUGACGGUGCUGGUGAUGAGGGCGGGGAUGGUGCUGCCCUUGAGGGGGGACCAUUGCCGAGUACUGGAGCAGCUCUGGGGUAGGGCCAUGUCCCAUCAUUGCAGGUGAGUGCCCUGGUGGCAUUCCCGAUGGACCGGGAGAUACGAGGGGCACCUGCCCUCCAACAUCAGGUGAAACCAUCAUUGUCGGCAUGGCUGGAUCAAACUGGCUUGCCAUGCCACCGGGGUGCAUUGAUGGAGAGACAGAUCCGUCUUGAGUGUAUCCUGAUGGACCUGAAGGUCCAUAGGAGUGUGAAUGCAUGAAGGACGCGUCGAGAAGCAAGUCGGACGAUUUCUGGAUUUGUGGAGUACGACAAAACCUGAAGACUCAUGCCCGCACUCACGGGGAGUAAAGCGAGGGUAUCUGCGCGAGCUUUACGCGUGCCGUGGCCACUGGGCGAUGUGACUUCGGCACAGAAUUCAACACGGCGCUCACGCUUACGCUCUCCUUCCACCUAAUGAAGAGAGG